AGUCGAGCCAGUGCCGGGAAGGCGGAGUCUACGCUACGUGACCCAAGCCAAAGAAGAGGCUCCCUCGAAAUUACAGGCCCGGCCAUCGGCGCGGGACCAAGCGACCAAGCGGUUGCAACGUUGCCUUGUGGCGGGCGGCAGCAGCAGCGCAGGAGGCCUUCUUUGCCGAGUGUCUUGUCGUGUGUCUUUGUGGACGGGAUGACCAUCGGCGACGACGCGCCAUGAGGACUCGGCGGAUCUGCGGUGCCGUAGGCUGAGAAGCCCCCAGCGGCGCCGGAGUUUUCGGCGGGCCAAGCCGUCCAGUCCAACCCCCCAGGAUACGUACUACGUGGUCCUCGAGGAGAAGAGAUUGUGGUGUUGUUUUUGAGGUGUGGUGCUAAGGCGGCUUCGGAGACCAUGAGAGUGUUGGGCGCUUGUGCACUGGCGUUGCUAGGAUGCGUGCUGUCUUCUGUGCUUCAGACAGGUUACAGUUUUCCCGGACAAAAUACGCCACCAGUGUUCGACUUCAAACGAGAAUGGGUCAUCGGCGAAGACGAGAAAGUCGGGAGUCGGGUGAUGACGGUCCGGACGCGGGACGAGGACCAGGACGUCAUCGAGUACGGCCUGGAGCCCGCCGUCUUCCUCGACGGCUCCAGCUACUUCCGCAUCAACAAGCGCUCCGGGGAGGUCUUCCUCACCAGGUCGCUCGCGGGACAGGCCGGGUCGGACUACUACCUCUUCAUCACUGCCUAUGACGGCCAUCAAACUGCCAAGAUCGAGGUGUACGUGAAAGUGGAGAAGCCCAGCAUCGGCUCCGAGGACGGCGCGGACGGCUUGGACCUCCCGUCCCCAGACGGCGUACCGGCACGGCCCUUUCCGCACCGGGGGCCGUCUGGGCCCCCCUCCGCCCACUUUGCCCCUGCCCCCCCUCCGCCCUCCCUGGGGCCCAAGAAGCGGCCCCCCAAGGACCCCCCGCCGAUAUUCGGAGGCGAGCUCGGCCGCCCUGCGCCCCGCCCAGGGCCGGGCCAGGUACGACCAGACGCUCCAGUGGAGGAUCCAGCAGACCCAGCGCAGAAAGGGGGCCCUCCGGAAGGCGGCGGCGGCCUGGGGGACGGGGCCGGCGGCACGGGGGGACCCGCGACCGGACUGGACAUGACGGCCACCGUGCUGCCCAUCGUCGCCGUCGUCGGCUUCGCGCCGCUGGUCGCCCUCUUCUUCUGGCUCAUGCACCGCAGGUGCAACAGGGACGAGAAGCUCAAGCCGAAAAAGUCCACGGACAGACUGGACAGCAACUUCUCUCCAAACUUCGACCUGUCUCCAACGACGUUGUACAACCCCAGGGCAAGGAGAGCCCUGUCCAACAGAUACGAGCCAGACUUCCUAAGUUCGCUGUCAGAACACAACAAAUGGGAAUUCCCCAGGCAUCACCUGAGGUUCAUUGGUAUACUCGGAGAAGGCUGCUUCGGCCAGGUUUGGAAAUGCGAAGCCAUGAAUAUCACGGGAUCCGAAGAGCCGGUCAUUGUGGCAGUCAAAACACUCAAAGAAAAUGCAACAGAAAAGGAGAAGAAGGAUCUUCUAAGCGAGCUGGGAGUCAUGAAACUCAUCAACCCACACCCAAAUGUUGUCACCUUGCUCGGGAGUUGCACCGACAGAGAUCCCCUGUUCGUCAUCAUGGAAUUUGUGCCUUACGGAAAGCUCCAGACGUACUUAAGAGAAAGCCGAGUGGAGAGGUCGUACGGGAACCUUCAUGGGAGCAGCAAGCACCUGACUUCCAGGGACCUGACCUCCUUCGCUUACCAAGUGGCCAAAGGCAUGGAGUACCUGUCAUCCAAAGGGAUCAUCCACAGGGACCUAGCAGCCAGGAACAUCCUUGUUGGAGAGAGCAAGACAUGCAAAGUGGCUGACUUUGGAUUUGCGAGAGAUGUCAUAACCAACCAUGUCUACGAGAGGAAGUCAGAGGGUCGUCUACCUAUCAGGUGGAUGGCACCGGAGUCUCUCUACGACAACAUCUUCACAGCCAAGACCGAUGUCUGGUCCUUUGGAAUACUCAUGUGGGAAAUCGUCACUCUUGGCUCUACACCGUAUCCUGGCCUGGCUGCGGCUGAGGUGAUGCGCCGCGUGCGCGAGGGAUACCGUCUGGAGAAGCCCGAGCACUGCAAGCGGGAGAUGUACAACAUCAUGUACUACUGCUGGGACCCGGACCCCAAGGAGCGGCCGUCCUUCGGCGAGGUCACCUGCCUCCUGGACAAGCUCCUCGUCAGCGAGAACGACUACAUCGAGUUGGACCGCUUUCCUGACCACUCCUACUACAACAUCACCAACCUCUCCGGCGAGAAGCUCUAGGCCGGACCACUUGCAACCGAAAGACUGCCAAAGAACUUACCGGGGGGCGGGGCAACGAACACCGCAACGCGGACGCCCGUUCGACUUGCCCCCUACCCCAACCUACCCGAGGACAGUCGCGCGUGCGCGUUUCUUCGGACCGACGUCGCCGUGCAAACGAGGGGAGAGAAAAAAAAAAGUGUUCUGUGUGUGUAUGAGGGAGAACUUGCUCAUCACUCAUCUCAGGGGAUGCACUGCGCUUUUUUUUUCUUUUGUGGCUUCCGGCGAUCAUCUUUUUUUUUUUUUUUUUUUUUCUGGAGAGAUUGUGGAGCAGAGGUUGGUCUUCUUGAAAAGAGUGCCUUAGCACUUUCGGGAGUGCACGGCAAGUCGUGUUGUUUCGGUUUCAAUGUGCAAAGCGAGCGUUUAUUUUUGUUUUCGCUUUUUUUUCUUCGGUUGGAUAUUUUUUGACGGGAAGCAGCUCCAGUGCGUGUUGUAUUUUACUGUACAAUAAGAGGAAUUUAUUAAUUGCUUCCGGUUGCGCGGGCCAAUUCUGGACCCCUUGCCGUAUCUCAGAGUACUAUAGAUGCCGCCCAAAGUGUGUAUGUAUAUCGGUGAAAAAAAAAAAGAAUGAGAAAAAAGCAAACAUCUAUUUCUCUCACUUUUUGUUGCUGCUUUGGAUAUGCUAUGGCAAAACAUCUGCUUACUUUCAAGUUGUAGAUUGAGAGGCCCCAGAUGGUUUGCUUUUCCUUAAUUUGUGCGGGUCAUCUUCCACUUUCAUUCCUUGCUCAAUCAAGUUUUUCUCCCAUUUUUCUCAAAGAAUGCGCCAGAUGAGAAGGCAAGGUCUUUUAUUACACUUGAUACGAGGCAACCUCAAGCUUGUGACGUGUUAACCGAAUGUGGACACAACUGGCAAGUGACGGACCUUUUUUUCACUUUUCCAUUUCGAUGCAUCACUGAGAGCAGCACACUGCUAUUUUUCUCUUUUUUCGUCACCAUUUUUAGAGCUCACUUUAAAAGUGCAUUCAAAGCGGCAAGCAGCACGAGUCAAAACAAAAGACCAGGAGACAGUCUGGCUUGCUCAUUCGAUACCAUUCACGAGUCGAAACGAUUGAUGCUUGGGUCUCCGAGAUUAUGGAGAAGGAAACAAAUGACGCAGUACUGGCAUAUUUAUGUGAAAAGAAAAUGAUUGCAUGCAGUGAUUUCAUUUCAUCAUGUGUAUAGUAGUAAUAAGAUUAUACCAUUGAAUGUGUCUCUCUAUUUUGUAAUAAUGUAUUAAAUGUAUUACCAGAAUGAUAGAGUAUUUCUCUACAUGAAUCACAAAUAAAAAGGUUAUGUAUACACAAGCUUA